AUGCCCUUCCCCGUGCUUCCAGACAUCGCUGCUCGGCCGCAAGCGGCACAAAGCAGCCAAGAAGUGCCUGCUGGUGUAAGAUGUGUAAGCACUCAGGAAGAGACGGAGUUGAACAUCCUUAAUGGCCGUUACAAGUAUGAUGCCAGAAAGUGGAACUGCGUCUCCAAGUCCUCCUUCGACUUUGUUUCUAAGCUGUUGCAAAGAGAUCCGGAUAUGCGCAUGACCGCAGAAGAGGCUCUGGCGCAUCCAUGGAUAGUAGAACGGGAGCAGAUGGCUUGUGGAACAGAGUCCACAGGAUUGGAUGCUUCCGUGGUUCGCUCCCUUGCCGAAUACUCCAAAGCCUCGAAAUUUCGACGGACUUGUAUGCAGGUGAUGGCGUGGUCCUUGAAUAACGGAGAGAUGGCGGAAGUUCGUGAGGCCUUCAUGGAGUUGGACGUGCAAAAGACUGGUGCGAUUCAGUUACAUCAGCUUAAAUCUGUCUUGGAAGAGAGAUUCAACAUCUGCGAUGACGAGACCAGAAAGAUUUUUGAGGCAUUGGAUUCCUCCAACAACGAGGAAGUUGGCUACUCCGAGUUUCUGGCUGCGAUGAUGUCUUCUCGCAUUCAAGUCCACGAAGACUUGGUGCGAGCUGCUUUCCAGCCGUAUGACCAAGAUGACUCGGGCUUCAUCAGCGUGGAGAAUCUCAGGCAGGUCCUGACAGAGAGCCUUGACAGCCAGGAGAUGGCGGAGGAUCUGCUAAAGGGGGUGCCAUGGGUUGGGCCCGACCGGCGCGUGUCGUUUGAUGAGUUCAUCGAGUACCUGACUGGCGGCGAGGCCGAGGAGUCCCACAAGCGGGCCGUAGGCUUUGUGAUCGACAAGCAGAUGUCCAGAAUGAGUUCUUCCGAACUGAUGCGUAUGGCUCCAACGCUCCGCCAUUGCCCACUGACUCCGAAGAGCCUCAACAGGGCCAAGAGCACUCCGUUCAUGAUGGUUGAGGACUCAGACGAGGAGGCCAAGAUGGAGAUACCCAUGGCCCCAUUCUUGACCGCGCCAAAUCCGGCCAAGCAAGUGAAGGUUCCAUCUGACCUGGUCUUGGACACCGCCGAGGCGACGGCGACAGCAAAUCCGAAGCACUUGGACGAGGUGCCGGAGAGUCCGCCAGCCACUGGACAGACACCUGCGGCUAACAGCAAGGGAGCCAUCCGGUUGUUGGACAUUGUAUUCCAUACAAACGGGCGCUUCGGCUUCGGAAAGGGGAAGACGAGGCUCCGUGCUGCUCGAGCGGAGGCUUCGAGCCUGAGCCAGCGCUUGGCUGCGGGCAGCGAGGCCCUGGCGCACAGCCAGAAACAGGUGAACGAGCUGACAGCCCGUGCGCGUGUUAUCGCUGACGAGCGGACACGUAUGGAAGAGUCCCUGCAGGCAACACAUCAGCGAGAGCUCACUGCCCUCAAAGAAGAGCAUGCCAGAGCGAUGUCCGCGCUCCAGUGCUCGGCCACGGAGGAGAAAAGUCGACUAGAGGCCGAGCACAAGCAGGCUCUGCAAGCUGCCCUUGACCGAGCGCAGCGUGCAGAGGGCUCUGUGGAGGAAUUGCAAAGAGCACGUCAGUCGCUUACGGUGACUGGGGAAAGUUGUCGGGAACGCCUGGAGUUGGCGGAGCGUCAGUUGAUGGAGGCCUCACAAGAGACUUGUGAGCUUCGGAAGCAGCUGAAGCAGCUGGAAGAGCUGAAGUUCAGACACGAGCGAGAGCUGAGUGGACUGCAGGUUCAGCUGGCCUCAAUGAAGGAGCAACUGGUCGUCCGUGAGGAGUCCCUUGACCAAUCGAUCGAGAAGGCCGAGCGCGAGCGCCGAAGCCCCAGAGCCACAGCUUUUGAGUCCAGUAGCCUGGUCAGGCCCCUCAUGGUUCCAACCUUGGAAACUGCAGAGACGGUGGUAUCCAUCAAGUACCUGUCCAGUCUGCAGGAAGCACCUCCCAUGGCGCAGUCAAUGCAGCUGCAGGCAAUCGAGGGCCGUUUACAGAAGGCUCUUGAGCGUGUUCGACUGGUACUGAGCGCUGAGAAGACACCGCAGCUGGCCGCGAAUGUGCAUCACCAGUACGGCGACAAGUACUUCCUCGUCGAGAGGGGCACCUGCAUAGCAGCAGCCUCGCAGAUGAACUGCCUUGCAGCAAUGGGGCUUACGGCAGACCAGCUCCGCAGCCUGCAUGCGUGGCUGCCAGGACAGGUCUCGUUGCGCUUCAGGUCUCAAGAGAAGUGCACCUUCGAUCGGGAAGAGAAACGUGAGGAGGAAAACCCAAGGAAGCACGUGGAGGAGCUUUCUGUCGGCGGCGUAGCACGUGCCAGCUGGUCGAGCAAGGUGGUUACGACCAUCACGGAGUAUUUCUGGAAGUUCGAGUCUACUUAUACCCUGGAAGCUUUUAGAGGCGUUGGCGCUGAAGAUGCUGACAGGCUCCUGCUGCUCUCAAGGAGCGGGCAGGUUGAGCUGAAGACCAGCGCCAAGUCCCCUCCACCGCAUCCAGAAAGUCGAGUCCCUGCCACAAACCAGGAGGUCAACAUCACAUGGCUUUUACAGCUGCUAUCGCAAGACGGGGAAUCACCUCUUUUCAAGAUCGAUCGGGCGGCCGCGGGUUGCAGCACUCCACGUCGAAAUCAAGACGUGGACAAAGCCUUCGCACACUUCACCAUGUUUGCGAACUGGGCAAACGGCGUUUCAGACUACCUGAAUCACUUGAGCUCUGUGGAUCCUAGGAUGUCACCACAACUCCAAGUUGAUGCCGUUUUUGCACCCAUCCUGCCGCUAAUGGUGAAAGGCCAGAGCUCUGAAAGCUCGUCAGCGAGAGCAGAGAUGUUAGCUUCGUUGUGUCCAUCUACUGAUAUGCCAGACAGCUUGAUCAUGUCCGUCUCAGAUGCAAACCGACUCCUCACUGAGGAAGUGAGAACCAUCAAGGAGCAGCAAGCGAACAUCUGUGAAUGCCUGCCAGGCGCAGAUGGCAUCUAUACCAAUACGGAAGGCAGCAUUCACUUGAUCCUGCGCCACUGCGAGAAUGUGGCCAAGCGUUGGAGCGAGUUGGUGGAGUACGCGGAGGCCAUGCUACGAAAGCAGCUGAUGGACGCAAUUGGCAAGGAGGUCACGCCGGCUCUCUUCGCAAGUUACAUGCGCUUUCACUACCGCAAGCUGUUUCGACAGGAAUUCCAGCCACGGCAGUUCUGCUUUGCCGUUCGCCGGUCGGAACACCAUAGUCCGGAGGGAACUAUUAGCAUCGAAGAGGACACCGUGGGGCUUGACGAGGCCAGCAUCCGAAGCCCGAUUGUCACCAUUGCCAACAGUGCCAGCACGCCGUGCCCGAUGACCUUCCCACUGAAUGCCUCAACGGAGGUCUCUUUCACAGGAGAUGUUCAUUUGCAUGGCUGGCUGUCCCAUCGCUUUUCAGGAGCUUCUGGUGUUUCGCUCUAUUUGACCUCAAGGGCGCGGCAGUUUAGCUCCAUGCUGGUCUUGGUCGGCCGAGUUGCCUCUGCAACCUCCUUCGACCCCAAAUUCGCGGCCAUCCUUCAGAACAAGGAUGAGCUGACCAUCCCACUGGAACUGUCAAUGAUACCAACGCCCAAGGAGUUCAAGGAUGCCAUCGCCUCCUUGUCCCCGCAACAGCAGGCCUUUGCCAAGGCGUUCCGAUCAAUGCAGCUGGAGAGCACGCUUUUCGGCAUAUUGGUGGUGCAAAUCAAGCCUCAGCUGGAGAAGCUCUUGAACCUACCAGAUGACAGCCUGACGAAGGAGAUCAAGCUAACCCAAGAUCUCAUGGAUCUCUUCAUCAAAUACCAGAUUCCAAGUGACUUGCUGUCUUUCAGUGAUGAGAGUGCCACAGGUGAUUCGCCAGCAUUGCCAGCAAAGCGAUUGGAAAUGGUCAAGAGGCACGUCAAGGCUAUGCAUGACAUGAUCCAGCAGGAGAAGGAAGCAGAGGUCAUGGCAGCGCGACAGGAGGCGCAGUACUCGCAGCCGCUUCACUUUGCACGGUCGGACUCGGACCUGUCUAUGGAGGAGCGGCGAUGCUCAAGCCCCCUGUCCGAGUGUGAAGAGGCCGAAGAUGAUUGUGAUUCUGAAUGCAGAUCUGCCGGCCUUUCUUCCCCCGUCAAGGCCUUUGGCAGCGCAAUGCCCGUGGCUGCUGCAGCACCGCCGGCCAUGCUGAAAAAGUGCAAGGUCACGGAGAAAUGUGAAGAGCGGGUCCGGGACCGCGACGACCGUUCUGCAACAUCAGCGAAUCCCGCGAAGCCGUCUUCGAGUCAGCCAGGCCAACCUGCUGAGCCCUCAGAGGCUUUCGGGAAGGCUGGAGGACCUGGCAGCGGCGUGCAGAUUGCUCGGGAUUACACGAAGGUCCCCAAGCAGAUGGAUGCACAGUUCGAGAGCUUGGCUCCAGACAGUGCCUUGCGCCCGACUAUCAUCAACCCUGGAGUUUGCUGGACAAAGCGGGCGCAGAAAGCCUUGCUGGCGCAGCCCUCUGAGUCAAGCCUGUUUCAUGACGAGCAGAAGAGAGAGAAGGAUGCAGCCUUUGACCUGCUCGAUGCAAUUACCAAGUCUGGUGCCUUGCCUCUCAGCCAUGCAGCCCUUCAUAUCGUUAUCGCUGCGACACACUGCUUCGACAAGACUGUGACAGAGACAGUUGUCCAAGACAAUGUGAACCCCAUCGAUAAGGUGGAGCGAUCUUCCCUAAUAGUCGCAUCGACGGUGCACCAGCAACCGGUUGCGGCAUUGAUUGACGAGGCUUCUGCAGCACGGAUAAGCACCUCAAGCCCGCAGCUCUUUCUACAAGAUGCGUGA